AUGAGGAAAACCUCCGAGGAUUGUCUCACUUUGUCUCCAGACUGGAAAGUAGAAGAUGAGGACAUCACACAGUAUAGUCCAGGAGAAAACCCGGCUCCCUCCAAUGUCCAUCCGGCACCACCCAGUGUAGAUGGACCAUCGGAUUCCUCGUAUCCUGAGGAACCUCAGACUGUGCGGGACCGGGCCGGCCUUCCAACAGGGAAGAUCUUCUCCUGUACUGAGUGCGGGAAGGGUUUCUGUUCUAAAUCCAAACUUAAUGUGCAUAAAAGAUCUCACACAGGGGAGAAGCCGUAUUCCUGUCCUGAUGUGGGAAAUGUUUUUCAGAGAAGUCCAUUCUUCAUAAACAUCAGAGAUCUCACACGGGGGGACAAGCCGUAUUCCUGUCCUGAGUGUGGAAAAUGUUUUUCAGAGAAGUCCAGUCUUCAUAAACAUCAAAGAUCUCACACGGGGGAGAAGCCAUAUUCUUGUCCUGAGUGCGGGAAAUGUUUUUCACAGAAGUUCAGUCUUCAUGAACAUCAGAGAUCUCACACAGGGGACAAGCCGUAUUCCUGUCCUGAGUGUGGGAAAUGUUUUUCACAGAAGUCCAAUCUUCACACACAUCAGAGAUCUCACACAGGGGAAAAGCCAUAUUCCUGUCCUGAGUGUGGGAAAUGUUUUACACGGAAAUCCUAUCUUUCACACACACAUCAAAGAUCUCACACGGGGGAGAAGCCGUAUUCCUGUUCUGAGUGUGGAAAAGGUUUUUUCAGAGAUGUCCUGUCUUCAUAA